CCUCCACGAGGAGGAUGUUGCGGAGCGCCUCCUCGCCCGCCUCCAUUCGGGUCACUUAGGCGGCGGGAGGACCCGGGAGCGCGAGCGCAGAACUGCAGGCGGCGUUGGCUUCGCUCAUGUUCGGCGUCCGACGCGGAGGCACCGGCGGCCUGAAGGAGGAGCCGCCGCCGCUGGGCGGCAUGAACGCCGUCCGGGGUUGGAUGCAGGGCGGCGUGCUGCGCGCCGAUUCCGCCGCGCAGAGCGGCGUGUCCGUGGGCCGGGCCCACUUCGAGAAGCAGCCCCCGUCCAACCUGCGCAAGUCCAACUUCUUCCACUUCGUGGUGGCGCUGUACGACCCCCGGGGGCACCCCGUGGAAGUGGAGAGGAGCGCCUUCGUGGACUUCGUGGAGAAAGACAAGGAGAGCGCGGGCGAGAAGACCAACAACGGCAUCCACUACAAGCUGCAGCUGCUCUACGCCAACGGCGUCAGGACGGAGCAAGACUUUUACGUCAGACUCAUCGACUCCGCCAGCAAAGAGCCGAUCGUCUACGAGGGCCAGGACAAGAAUCCCGACAUGUGCCGAGUUCUGCUCACGCACGAGAUCAUGUGCAGCCGCUGCUGCGACAAGAAGAGUUGCGGCAAUCGCAACGAGACGCCGUCGGACCCCGUCAUCAUCGACAGGUUUUUCCUCAAGUUUUUCCUCAAGUGCAACCAGAACUGCCUGAAGAAUGCCGGAAACCCGCGAGACAUGAGGAGGUUCCAGGUGGCGCUCUUGACCACGGUGAGCGUGGAGGGUCACGUGCUCGCCGUGUCCGACAACGUCUUCGUCCACAACAACUCCAAACAUGGCCGCCGGGCGCGCAGGCUGGACCCGGCGGACGCGGCGCCGCCGCACCUCCGCCACGGGGCGUCGCCGUGCAUCAAGGCCGUCAGCCCCGGCGAAGGUUGGACCACAGGGGGCGCUGCCGUCAUCGUCAUCGGGGAAAACUUCUUCGAGGGCCUGCAGGUCAUCUUCGGGUCCGCGAUGGCCUGGAGCGAGCUGAUCACGUCGCACGCCCUCCGCGUGCAGACGCCGCCGCGGCACAUCCCGGGCGUGGUGGAGGUGACGCUCUCCUACAAGUCCAAACACUUCUGCAAGGGCACGCCGGGACGCUUCUUAUACACGGCGCUCAACGAGCCCACCAUCGACUACGGCUUCCAAAGACUGCAGAAGGUCAUCCCCCGUCACCCCGGAGACCCCGAGAGGCUGCCCAAGGAGGCGAUCCUGAAGAGAGCGGCCGACCUGGUGGAGGCGCUCUACGUCCUGCCGCACAACAACCAGGAAGCGGCGGCGAAGCGAGCGGCGGACAUCGCCGACGCGCUGUACGGCGUCCCUCGAGGACACGCCCACUCUGCCGCAACGGCCGCCGGCUCGUUCGCGGGCCAGCCGUCCGUCGACGUGUCGGAACCCCCGCGCGCGGAUCAGGGUGAGUACCUUUCCCAAAUUCCCGCCGCCGGGGCCGUGUCCGACGCGUCUGAUGUGACGAGCGCGCCCCCUGCAGGCUUCAUCCGGAGUAGCGCGGCGUCGCCUCACGGCUACGCGGCCGCCUCCGUGCCGCACCACGCCGGCUACCCGCACACGCCGCCGCCGUUGCACGCCGCCAUCAGCUCAUACGCCAACAACACCGCCGUCAGCAACUUGGGAGCGUCUCUCGCGUUCGGCAACCCGUCGGCGGCAAACUCGCCUUACGCAAUGGUCCCUUCCAGCCCGACGAUGUCGUCGUCAUCCACGUCGCUGGCCGCCAACUGUUCGCCGUCGGCGGCGGCUGCAUCUGUCUUCUCGUUCUCGCCCGCCACGUUGGUGUCGUCCGCCGUCAAGCAGAAGUCAGCGUUCGCCCCGGUGGUCAGGCCCUCGUCCUCGUCCUCGCCUUCGCCGCCAUCUUGCGGCAACGCCAACGGCCUCCAAGACGCAAACUUUGCGGCGUGCGUCAAGUUGUCGUCGGGCGCCCUUCCGGGGUUGGCCUUCACCUGAAGAACGCCCGUCGUGCCGAUUUAAACGCCGGCGACUGCGGGUGACUGACACAAUCUCAACGCUCCAAAAGAAGCUCCUCAACUCAUCCGGACCCCAAGCGAGAAGACGGGAAGGAAGUUUUCAUGUAGUUUUAGUUUUUGGAAAUCAGCCAAACACAGCUGAGAAUUUUUUUUUUUUUUUUUUGGAUUGAAGAAUUUUGCCAAAUGGUUUCUGCAAUUGUGAAAUAAUUUCAGUCUUCACGAGUGACGAGCUGUUGGACGCCGUGACAAUUUCAACCGAGUUUGUCUCUCAAGUCGGCUUUUGGUUCUUCCUUUUUAAAGCCAACGAGGCCUUCGUCCGCCAUCUUGCAUGACAACAAGACAGAUCUGCGUUUUCUUUUCUUUUGGUUUGUGUGUGUGUGUGUGUGCCUGGACAAAAGCAAAACACGGUCAAGAACUUCUUUUUUUUAUUGGGUUUUCACUUUGGAGUGUAAAAAAAAAAAAACAUUUGUGAUAUUGAAUUAAACUUUUUC